UUCUCAUAGUUCAUUAUUACAAACAAAGAACCCAAUUAAAAAGUGGGCAGAAGGCCUGAGUAGACAUUUUUACAAAGAAGAUAUAUAGAUGGCCAACAGACAUGUGAAAAACUGUUCAACAUCACUAAUCAUCAGAGAAAUGCAAAUCAAAACCACAAUGAGAUACCACUUCACACCUGUUAGAAUGGCUAUCACCAAAAAGUCUACAAAUAACAAAUGUUGGUGAGGGUGUGGAGGAAAGGGAACCCUAGUACACCAUAGGUGAGACUGUGAAUUGAUGCAGCCACUAUGGAAAACAGUAUGCAGGUUUCUCAAAAAACUAAAAAUAGACCUACCAUAUGAUCCAGCAAUUCCACUCCUGGGUAUGUAUCCGAAGAAAACAAAAACACUAAUUUGAGAAGAAUCUUGCACCAUAAUGAUCAUAGCAGCAUUAUUUACAAUAGCCAAGGUACAGGUGGCCAUGUCCUUUAGAGAAGAAACACAUCAAGAACUUGGGUCCUGGAUGAUUGUGCUGAACACCUGAAUUAAGCAGUGCUGUUUAAGCCACCUCUUUUGGAUUUCUUUUAAUGUGUGCCUGUGAAUCUGCGUGUGAUUCCUCCUUUGUCUCCUGCAGGGCUGGUUCUUGUGCUGAAACACCACAAUGGUGCUGCCCACAAACUGGUGUGUUAUUUCACCAACUGGGCAUUUAGUCGGCCCAGCCCUGCUUCGAUCCUGCCCCGGGACCUGGACCCCUUUCUCUGCACCCACCUGGUAUUUGCCUUUGCCUCAAUGAACAACAAUCAGAUUGUUCCUAAGGAUCCCCAGGAUGAGAAAAUCCUCUACCCAGAGUUCAACAAGCUCAAGGAGAGUAACAGGGAGCUGAAAACACUGCUGUCCAUCGGGGGGUGGAACUUCGGCACAUCGAGGUUCACCACGAUGCUGUCCACCUUCGCCAACCGGGAGAAGUUUGUCAAUUCAGUGAUAGCCCUCCUGAGGACACAUGGCUUUGAUGGUCUGGACCUCUUCUUCUUGUACCCUGGACUCAGAGGCAGCCCCAGGCGUGACCGCUGGACCUUUGUCUUCUUACUUGAAGAGCUCCUGCUUGCUUUCCGGAAGGAGGCGCAGCUCACCAUACGUCCCAGGCUGCUGCUCUCUGCUGCUGUCUCUGGGGACCCCCGUGUCAUCCAAAAAGCAUAUGAUGUGCACCUUCUGGGAAGACUACUGGAUUUCAUCAGCGUCUUGUCUUAUGACUUACAUGGAAGCUGGGAAAAGUUCACAGGACACAAUAGCCCACUGUUCUCUAUGCCCAAGGACCCCAAAUCUUCGGCAUAUGCCAUGAACUACUGGCGAAAGCUUGGGGCAGCACCUGAGAAGCUCCUUAUGGGGCUACCCACCUAUGGACGUACUUUUCGCCUCCUCAAAGCCUCUAAGAAUGAGUUGUGGGCAGAAGCUGUGGGACCAGCAUCUCCAGGGAAGUACACCAAGCAAGCUGGCUUCUUGGCUUAUUAUGAGAUUUGCUCCUUCAUCUGGACAGCGAAGAAGCGCUGGAUUGAUAAUCAGUAUGUCCCAUAUGCCUACAAGGGGAAGGAGUGGGUUGGCUAUGAUGAUGCCGUCAGCUUCAGUUACAAGGCAUUUUUCAUAAUGAGAGAGCAUUUUGGGGGGGCCAUGGUGUGGACAUUGGACCUGGAUGACGUCAGGGGCACUUUCUGUGGCACUGGCCCUUUCCCCCUUGUCUACACAUUGAAUAAUCUCCUGGUGAAGGCUGAGUUCAGCUCAACUCCUCCGCCAAAAUUUUGGCUCUCAACUGCUGUGAAUUCUUCAACAAUUGGCCCAGAAAGGCUGACUGUGAUCAAGGAUUUGACCACUGAUUUGGGGAUCUUGCCCCCAGGAGGAGAGGCUGUGGCCACCGAGACCCAUAGAAAGUCUGAAACUAUGACCACAGUCCCCAGAGGUGGACUUGUGACCCCUACAAGGGAAACUCUGUCCUUUGGAAAGCACCCCCUAGCUCUAGAAUGGAAGACUGAAACCCCUGGAGAGGAGACCAUGACCCCUGUGGGCCACCAGGCUGUGACCCCUGGAGGGAUAACUGUGGCUCCUAUGCAUCUUCAGACUGAAGAGAAAAUCAUGCCCCCAAUAAGGAAGGCUGAAGCCCCUGAGAAGAUGACCAUCCCCUCAGGAAAGAUGACAGUCACCCCUGCUGGGCAGACUGAGACUCUUGAGAGGAGAAUUUGACUUCUGAGGUGGAUCCUGAACCCCUGUUGGGUUACUCUGGUCUUCACACAGAAGCUGAAAACUGAAUGCUGCUCUCUGGUCUUGUCAUGUCGCCCCCAGGACACACUCCUCUUGCUUUUGACAAGCGCUUUGUUCCCACUGAUGGAAUCAUUCCUCUGAUGACUCAGUAACCCUUCCAAUGAGUCCUCUCUCUCUCUAAAGAAAGAAAAUCCAGAAAACUCUGCUGUGGACUGAGGAUCCUAAGAUCUGUUGUUGGCAGAAACUGGGGAAAGUCCUUGCCUUUUCUUCUAGGUCUCCUGACAGAAGCUGCCUGUGCCCAGACAUUCAUAAACCAUUGUUGGAGCAAAGCAGGCCCCAGGCCACACCGAGUUAAUCUCUUUUCUGUUGAAUAAACUGGAAGCAUAAGAAUUCAUUUGAGUUCUCUGAAGUUCUUUUCUUGAAAUGACCUGUGCUAGCCAGUUGUCAGCUUCUCCCUUUAAGGUCACUUUCCUCUCCUGUUAUUUUUGGAAAGAGGGAGUUUGUGUCUAGCCCAUGCUGAUGUGGAUUCCAGUGUCCAUUAUGUGCUUCCCUCUCUGCCAUGAACAACUGCUGACUUAACUGUUGGUCAGAGCCAGAAUCUCCUCUAGAGAAGUU